UCGAAAAGGUCAUUAUCACAAUUUGUGGUUUUGUCACUGGAUAAAGCGAACGACCUCUUCUUCUCUCGACGACGUGAGCUCGCCAUUCGUCUGAUAACAGCCAUGACCUGGGAUAACACACUACAUUACGCGUAACGCACUCACGCUUACUCCUUUUCGGUGAAAGUAGAACACAACGACGACACAGAAGAAUAAACCACAUCGACGCCACAAUGGCUAUAAAAACUUUUAACAACCACUGGCCAGCCAUCAGUUUGUGUUCCCACUGUGACCGCUCCAGUCAGCUAGAAUUUCGUUUCGUGUCUGUUCAACGGCAAUAACUUCUCCGCAAUAUGAACUACAAGAAGAACCUGCUGCUCCUGUACGACCGCCCCCGGGAACCCAUCUUCAUGGGCAAGGGCAAGUCAGUGUUCGACGUGCCGGAUAACUAUCUCACGGAUCGUUACCGCCCGAUUGGACCGGAGAUUCAGAACCGCUUCGGUGAACUGGCGGAGGAACGCAUCCCGGUGAGGAGCAUUGCCUUGCCGGAUCUGCGCAUUCCGAUGUCUCUGGGGCGGCAGGAGCAGUUUUCGCUGUUCAUUCCGCGACACCGGAAGAUUGCGGCACGGCUGAUCGACAUCUUUAUGGGAAUGCGCAACAUCGAGGAACUCCAAAGCUGUGCAGUGUUCGCUCGGGACCGCAUCAACCCGUACCUGUUCAACUACGCCCUGUCGGUGGCGCUGCUGCACCGUCGGGACACCAAAAACCUUGACCUUCCGUCAGUGGUUGAGGUCUUCCCGGACAAGUACGUCGACUCGCGAGUUUUCGAACAGAUCCGCGAGGAAGCCACGGUUGUCCCCGAGGGCAUGCGUAUGCCCAUCGUCAUCCCCAAGGACUUUACCGCUUCGGAUCUGGACGAGGAGCACCGCCUGUGGUACUUCCGCGAGGACAUCGGAGUCAACCUGCACCACUGGCACUGGCAUCUGGUGUAUCCGUUUGAGGCUUCGAAUCGUGCGAUCGUCGAUAAGGACCGCCGCGGUGAACUGUUCUACUACAUGCAUUCCCAGUUGAUCGCGCGGUACAACUUCGAGCGAUUUUGCAAUCGACUGCAGCGCGUCAAGCGGUUGAACAACCUCCGCGAGCCAAUCGCUGAGGGAUAUUUCCCCAAGUUGGACUCCCUGGUGGCGUCCCGUACCUGGCCCGGUCGGGUGGACAACGCCGUAAUCAAGGAUCUCAACCGCGAGCUGGACCAGAUCAAGCAGGACGUGUCGGAUCUGGAACGCUGGAUCGACCGUAUCUACGAAGCCGUCCACCAGGGCUACGUGGUGGACGAAUCCGGCAAUCGCAUCUUUCUGGACGAAGAAAAGGGCAUCGACAUCUUGGGUAACAUCAUCGAGUCGUCGAUUUUGUCGCCCAAUCGGCAGUUGUACGGAGACAUGCAUAACGUGGGUCACGUGUUCCUGUCGUACACUCACGAUCCGGAUCAUCGACAUCUGGAAUCUUUUGGAGUGAUGGGUGAUGUAGCUACGGCUAUGCGUGAUCCAGUGUUCUACCGUUGGCACUCGUUCAUUGAUGACAUCUUCCAGGAGCACAAGAUUAAACUGCCGGCGUACACCAAGAGUCAGCUCACCUACGAAGGUAUAUCCGUAACGGGUAUCAUCGUCCAAUCGGAAGGAGCCCCGGUCAAUACUCUGCACACAUACUGGCAGCAGUCCGAUGUGGAUUUGUCGCGUGGAAUGGAUUUUGUCCCACGGGGUAACGUGUUUGCAAGAUUCACCCAUCUGCAGCACGCACCCUUCCAGUACGUCAUCCAGAUCGACAACACUUCCGAUGCACAACGUAUGGGCUUCGUGCGAAUCUUCAUGGCCCCGAAGAACGAUGAACGUGGCCAACCGAUGCUGUUCCGAGACCAGCGUCUAUUCAUGGUCGAGAUGGAUAAGUUCCUGGUGGCACUUCGUCCCGGUGCCAAUCGCAUUCGACGCCGAUCGAACGAGUCCACCGUAACCAUUCCGUUCGAGCGGACCUUCCGUAACCUGGACGAUAAGCGACCGGAAACGGGCACUCCCGAGGAGGAAGCCUUUAACUUCUGUGGUUGCGGAUGGCCCGCCCACAUGUUGGUGCCCAAGGGUCUACCGGAGGGUUUCCCGGCCGAUCUGUUUGUGAUGGUUUCCAACUACGAGGACGAUCGGGUGGUUCAGGAUCUGGUCGGAACUUGCAACGACGCGGCUUCGUACUGUGGAGUGCGCGAUAGGCUCUAUCCGGACCGGAAGGCCAUGGGUUUCCCGUUCGAUCGGCUGGCCCGGACCGGAGUCGAUAGGCUGUCCAAUUUUGUGACGCCCAACAUGGCUAUCCAGUCGGUGAACGUCAUCCAUAUCGAUAAGACCGUGCCCAGGACUUAGGAGGAUAUUGCACUGUUAGAUGAUUUUAUGUGAAUUGAAUAAUAAAAAUUUAAUGUGAAAAUGACUUUAUGAAAAUAUAAUUCAAAUGCAAAAA